AUGUCCUGUCCACCGGGAGAUGUGCCGCCGACGGAAGGCUGCGUCUCGCCUCCUCCAGAUUCCGCGCGGUGUACAGACACCCCCGAGGCGCAGGUCCCUGGAUCGGGUCAGCGCGGCGGCUUUCGGGGGGGACGCGGCGCUUUUCGCGGCGGACGUGGAGGUUUCCAGAUGGUUUACAAUGUCAAUGUUUUCCAGCACAGUGCCCGAAAGCGUGGCCGCGGCGGCCCGCUUGGGGGGGGAGGGGGCGACGACGGUUUCAUUCCGCCGCCUCCCGACGACGGAAACGGUUUUGCUCCGCCGCCGCCGUCGCCAGUCGUGCUCCAUCCGCCAGGGCCGCUGAACUCUGGGCUGGGUGGGGGAGGUGACGGCGACGCGCUGGCCGGCGGAAUGCAGAAUGCUGCGUACCAUCAGCAAGGAGGCGGAGGAAACACGUUUGGGAUGCCACACCGCCAUCCGCCUGGCCUCGUCGGCGGCCCUGCACCCGGCGCAGGUGUCCACACACCCGGAGAUAUGAUGGGAGGAGGCGGACAGCGGGUAGUUCCUCCGCCUCCGCCUCCCCCUCCGCCGCCUCCGCCGCCGAUGAGCGACGGCGGGCACUUUUCGGGGGACGGUGGAAUGGGCAGCGGCGCGCAUGGAGGGGUGAUGAACGGGGAGAAUUUUUUCGAGUAUGCCGAUGAUCAUGCGACGUCCACCAACAUCGCCGUCCGCGGCCGCGCGCGCCUGAUGAACGACUACACACAGCACUUUGUGGACGUGGGAGAGCGGCCGCAGAACUUCAUCCGCGACUGCGAAGAGGACAAGCGCUUCCUUGAGUAUCCGAAGCUGGAGAGGCUCAUGAAGCUCAAGCGCCAAGUGCUAGAGAGGCGGAACACCCCUUCUCUGUGCAUUCAGGCGAACCUCCACCACUUUGACUGGAGUAUUUUGGGUGGAGUCAAGUUUGACGUCAUCUUGAUUGACCCUCCCUGGAAGGAAUACUUUGACCGGUGCGCAGCGAUCGGCGCCACCAACGAAGACCUCACGCCCUGGACGUUUGAUGAAAUGCUUCAGCUUCCCGUCGAGGUGAUCGGCGAAACUCCGUCGUUCUGUUUCCUCUGGUGCGGAGUCACCCACCUGGAGGACGCGCGCCAGUUGCUGCAGAAAUGGGGCUACCGGCGGUGCGAAGAUAUCUGCUGGCUGAAGACGAACAAAAAGGCCGCCCAGCGUCGGCGCGAGCAGGGCGCGGCUCACGUCAACGACGUCCUCGCCUACAAGGCGGCGCAGCUCGUCCACGAUGAAAACUGCAUCCUCCAGCGGACUACUGAGCACUGUCUCAUGGGCAUCAAAGGAACAGUUCGGCGGUCGCAGGACUCGCACUUGAUUCACGCGAACCUGGACACAGAUAUUCUGAUAAGCGAGGAGGAGGAAGAAGUUGGAAGCACCCGGAAACCGGAGGAGCUGUACGACGUGAUUGAGCGGUUCUGUCUGGGACGACGGCGCAUCGAGCUUUUUGGGCGGAACUGCAACCGCCGCGCUGGCUGGGUGACGGUUGGCUGCGAGUUCGGUCUCACCACGUUCGAUGCGAAAACUUAUGCGUCGUACUUUGAAGGCGACGCGUCAUGGCCAGAGGCAACUGACUACUUGGGUGGCCGCUACGUGGGCACCACGCCAGAGAUUGAGCAGCUCCGGCCCAAAUCACCCACGAAAUUCGGGGGAGAUCGGGGUGGAGGCAGCUAG